GACAGCAAUCGGAUUGUCAGCCAUCGGGAAAAAAAAUUAAGUCGUGUCCGUCACGCUAGUUUUAUAUUUAUCAAAAUAAAAUAAUAUUUAAGUGUUGUUCUUAUUAAAAUCUAAUCAAAAGUUAUGUCAAAGGUAUCGUGCGCUGAAAUAUUCUAAGAUGGAGUGGUUUACCUCUAAUUUUGUGGUUAAAUACGGCUUCAAUUCUUUUGCGCUUAAAAAUAAGUAAAAAAAGGUCAUUUUUUACACUGCGUGACGACUUCACUUCAGAUCCAAAAUGAAUAUUAACUGUGAUAUUGAUCCGCUCAGUACCUACGAUUACCCGUAUGAUUACAAUAGCCAUCCAUUAAAUCCUUAUGGCAACAUACACACAGUGAAGCAAGAACAACCGAUGAUCAACCCUGAAUUUCUACACCAUUUCAUGGAUAAUGCUUACAGAAAUAACGAUAAACUGCAUCCAAACAAUCAACAAUGUCAAGAAUCACAAUUCACGGACCGCCCAGCAGCCAGUAAUAUAAAUAACGGAAAUCAAAAUUACAGAAACGCAAGUGUGAACAAUGUUUUAAAUCCUGCGUCCACAACAAAUGAUGUGGAUAUAAAACCUUUUAUACACCCUAAGAAAAUUAAAAAGGAGAAGGGUAAAAAGAGCAGUUAUUUUUCUGAGAAAAUACUAGAUAAUGAUUUUAAAUUCUAUGGUUGUUCUGUGUGUAACAUUAGCUUUAUAUCAUUACAAGAAUUAGACCAACAUAUCCUGAUACACAAGGAUAGAAUAACAAGCUACGGUUUGAAAAUUAAAAAACAAAUGAAAAGGAAGACUUUGGAAAAGGAACAAAAGAAAAAGAAGAAGUUAAUGAAAGAGGUAAAAAUUGAAGGAAACUUAGAUAUAGAAAUUAAACCUGAAGAUGGCUACAUUGGUAACGAGAAGGCAUCAGAAUAUGGAGUGAAUAAAAAUGAAAAUAACGGGAACAUAAUUAGCAAUUUUUCUAAUGGAACUGAUUCUAUAAGUUAUGGUAAUAAUUCUACAGAUAAUGGAAAUAUGGGUGCGAAUAAUGGAAAUACACUUAACAAUUCUGGUCCAAAAGGAACUGAAUCAUUAAAUAGAGGAAAUAAUUGUAACCAAAAUGUGGGUAUGGAUAACGGAAACAGUUCUUAUGUUGAUAGUGAUUCUAAAAGUGAUGUGAAGGAAUCUAUAGCUAAUGUAAAGGAAGUUGUAGACAACAAACCUGACUCUAAAGAGGAUGAUAAUAACUUAGCUAAGAUUUACAAGUGCUUCGCUUGCCUCAAACAGUUCACAUUGAGUUAUUAUCUUAAAUUGCAUGUGAGAUCUCACACAGACGAGAAACCUUACACAUGCAAUGUCUGCGGACAGUCGUUCAUAACGGCGAGCAAACUCGGCCGGCACAACAAGCUUAUGCACCUCUCCGUGAGGUACCAGUGUCGGAUAUGCUACAGGUUUUUUGCAAAAUUCGAAUGCCUGACCCGCCAUUUCGACAAGAAGCAUCCGGACGAUAAGUUGGAAGGUGAACCCUAUGAUUACAACGCGAUACUACCUUACCUCAAAGAAUUAGAAGAACAGCUCAAAGAACAAUCGGAAGAUACGAAAAAACAGAAGACAGAAGACUUGUGGGAAGACUGGCCGGCGCCCAUAGACAAUGUCGCCCCCGUUGAGAGAAAAGACGAUGUUGAGGAGAAACCCAUAGAGAUCAUAUUGCAGGGGGACAUGCCUCACGUUGUUCAGGUGAAAAAAGAGGAACCUGACCCAGAAUUCGCCGCCGUGAUAGACAGCGACAUUCCAAUGUGCGAGACGGUGGACGUCAAUGUGCAAGUCCCGUGUGACGUCACAUUCGACAAUGACAGUGGUGGGGGUGAUGACGCGAGAGAUGACGCCGUUAAAAGCGAUGUGGACGCGUUUGGGGACGACGGGAAGCGACUAAGGGAUACGACAGUCCUGGAGGCGAGAGACGAGCACGUUAAAAGUGAUGUGGACGCGUUCGGUGACGACGGGAACGUCUCGGACGACAACUACUUCCCGUCCGGCACUUGGGUACCUCCGACGCCCAAGCCGGAAACGGAAGCGGAUCCCCCCCCGCCGUUUUCAUCGUCAUCCAAACGCGGCGGCGCUAACAGGCGGCGCUCCGACGGUGCCCUUAAAUGCGACAUUUGCAACAAGAGAAUCAGCACCGUCACGUACAUGAAGGUCCACAUGAGGACACACACCGGCGAGAGGCCGUUCGUGUGUUAUGUGUGCAGUCGCGGGUUCAUCACGUCCAGCAAGCUGCACAGGCAUGUUCUGACUCAUUCUGAGGCGUGGGCCGACAAGUUGGGUGAGUUUAUAAUACUGUCUUAUAUAGACACGGUCUUAUAUAGAUACUGUCACUAUUAUAUCGCUUGCGGGGUAGACAGAGUCAAUGUGUGUGUAAGUACGUUGGUACAUAGUAUCCUCCACCUCUACACCCUGAAGUGCGAAGUUUGCAACAAGAGAAUCAGCACCGUCACGUACAUGAAGGUCCACAUGAGGACUCACACCGGCGAGAGGCCGUUCGUGUGUUAUGUGUGCAGUCGCGGGUUCAUCACGUCCAGCAAGCUGCACAGGCAUGUUCUGACUCAUUCUGAGGCGUGGGCCGACAAGUUGGAUGGCGAAGAAAAAGUUAAAGAGGAAAUUCCCGAAAAAACUGAAGAAGGCGACAACGUGAAGAAGAAAAAGAAGAAGAGAAAUAAGAAAGAUAAAAUGAACGUAAUAAAACGCGCUAAAGCGGAAUUCGCCGCGAAAUCUAAAGGCGAAUCAAAAAGUUCCAGAAGAUGGCAGCACCGGUGCGAGUUCUGUUACAGAAAGUUUCUGCACGCCGAGACGCUACAGGUGCACAAGAAGAGUCACGAGGGCGAAACCCUAGUGUUCAAGUGCCACUACUGCCUGGAGCCGCAGCCCGACGAGGCGGCGCUGGGGCUCCACGAGGCCACGCACACGGGGGACACGCCCUACCUGUGCACGGAUUGCGGGAAGCAAUACAGGAGGAGGGAAGCGAUGGUGUACCACAAGCGGCAGCACAAACCCGACCGUCUAUUCUACUGCGAGAUAUGUCUCAAGUCGUUCAACGCUCACUGCAAACUGCAACGGCACGUGCAGAGUCACAGGGAGAGGAAGUACGUGCUGAGGUACGAGUGUCCCGUGUGCGCGCACAUGUUCCACACGAAGUAUCAUGUGCGCAUGCAUCUCACCACUCAUCAGAAGGAGGGAUUAAUCGACGAGAAGAACCACAGCGAAAUACUAGCCAUGGUGAUGCAGAACGCCAGGAAAUUUCCAAAACACGCCGACGCAACAGCCGCCCCCCCCGAAACGUUGCCAGAUGACGACAGAUCGCGCGUUUGCAACAUUUGCGGUGAAACAUUCCAACAUUUCUACUAUUUAGAGGAGCAUUUGAAGUCGCACGGUUCUAAAAUCGCUUUAGAAGACAUUAACAAUGAAGAGGUGAAGAAACAUAUAUGCACCGUUUGCAAUAAAGCGUUCAAAUUGCAUUAUUAUCUAAAAUUGCAUAGUUUUACGCACACGAAAGAGAAACCUUUCAUGUGUCAGCAGUGCGGCAAAGGUUUCAUAACUAGGGGUAAGUUAAAACGCCAUCUUGAAACUCACACGGGUAUAAAGAAACAUCAGUGUCACAUUUGUUGUAAAUUUUUCACUAGAUCCAGCUAUUUGAGGAUCCAUGUAAGGACUAUACAUGGUACGCAAGAUUAUAAUUCUAGGUUGGGGAAAAAGUUUAUCGAAAGGCAGGCUAUGGAUGUGUAUUGAGGUUAUGUUAUCGUACAUACAUACAUAUAUAUAUACAGGAUGUGGGUAUUGGCCGUGUGGUUCUAGGCACCUAUAAAAAAAAGAAUAGGACCACUCCAUCUCUGUCCCACGGAUCACGCGAGCGAUACAUAGAUAAAAUUUACUAAACACAUGAUGUUUUUUGUAAUAACUGAAAUACCUACCUAUGAAAAAUAUUUUCAAGUUUGAAAAGCACAGAUCAAGUAUAAUUAUUUGAAAUAAGUAGUUUACUUAAUAUUUGAAACCAUUAAUAUUUUUUGUUAUAAAACUGUAAAAACCGCGUCGAAUUUCAAAAACAAUUUAGGUAUGUUUUACAAUUAUCUAACAUACAUAAAUCCGAACAAUAAUUAUACUUAAUUUGAGCGGAUAUGCUGACAGACAUAUUGGCAGAGCCUUAUAUGCUGCUUAUUUAAAAUCUAUAUAUACUUAUAUAUAUAUAUAUAUAUAUAUAUGUCCUACGCCUUAAGAGGUAGAAUAUGUGUUCACAGAAACUGUAUCUAAAUACUAAGACCUACAUUGUAACCAUAUUCAAGGAAUAAAUGAUUAUGAUUUUGGAUAUUAUUUGCAAUUGUUGAUAUGUAAAUAAAUAAAAAAUGCACGUUAUGUAUAUAGUCGUAAGAUUUUCAAUUCGUGUAUCAGUUUGGCAAAAAUAAUACCGAGGUGUAAAUUUGUGUAAAUUUGUUGGCGUUAUCUUACAUCAUUUGCCAAUAGAUGGCGCUAACGCUUAUUGACAAUAGUCGAUAAUUUUGAACUUGCGUGCCUAAAUAUUAGUCUAUACUACCUCGGCCCGUGAACUACCUCCAUUCCUGAUUUCAUAAAAAUCUGUUUCACAUAAAGUUCAGUCCAGCAGUUUGUCGUGAAAGCGAAAUAAACUUUCCCAUUAUAAUAUUUGUAUGGAUGGUGAAAAUCCCUCGUUUUUUUUAUUAUUUUGUUGUAACACGCGGUAUGAGGGAUGGUUGGUUUGGGUCGUGUUUUUUUUUCAUUCCUUGCCUUAAUUAGGUUUAGAUUAAAAAGAUUUUUUUGUUUUUUUUUUUAUUGUUAAAUUAUGGAAUAUGGCUAAUGGUAGCUGUUUUGAAAUUAAUCUAUUUGUGAAGUGUAUAGGUAAUUAUUUGUUCGGAAAAAUUUUGUUAGCCCGACUAUGUUACUUAUCAGAUUUUUGGUUUGGUUUAAGAGAUAAAUAUGUAAAAAAAAGUACUUAAAGGUUUAUGUUUCCUUUUUUCGAGGGCCGGGUGCCAAUACAAAAUAAUUAUGUAUACAUUAUACUUUAUAUUAUAAAGCUGAAGAGUUUGUUUGUUUGUUUGAACGCGCUAAUUUCAGGAACUACUGGUUUGAAUUGAAAAAUUCUUUUUGCGUUGAAUAGAGCAAAGAAAUUAUGGAAAAUGUGAAAAGAACGGGUAAAAUUACUCAUCCUUGAGGGCUUCAAUGAUGCCCAAAAUAACUAUUCGACGCGGACGAAGUAGCGGGCACAGCUAGUAAUGAAAUAAAUUAAAUAAUGAAAUAAAUUUUAUAUUUUGACCUCGAGCACCAUUUGUAGACAUAAUUGACCGUCAAAUGAAACGAUGAUAAGUCAUAUCGCUCAUUUUGUUGACGGCGAAAAAAUAUGUCGUUAAAACUUUCGCAGGCAAAGAAAAUAGUUACAGAGUUUAAAGACACUGGUGGUUUUGGUUUAAAAAAAAAUGGGUGACAGUUGCUGUAAUCAUUAAGCGUUAGUGAAUAUUUUUAGUCAAUUUGGUGUUAAUGUUCAUACACAGUUGUUGAUUUUGUAAAAAAUAAUAAUAAAUAAGGUUUUUUUUUUCUUU